GGGAAGAUGGCGGCGCGGUGGGCGAUUGGCGCGGGUAGUGCCUGGGUGUGCGGUCUCCUCGGCUGGGCGCGGCCGGAGAGGUGGCUAGCAUCUGGUAGCCUUCUUCCUCUGUCAUGCAUCCACACAAGCACGUCUCUGCAGAAAUUUGGGAAGUGGGAGAAAAAGAACAGGAUUGUUUACCCUCCCCAGCUGCCUGGCGAACCUCGCAGACCAGCUGAAAUAUAUCACUGUCGGAGGGAAAUAAAAUAUAGCAAAGAUAAGAUGUGGUAUCUGGCAAAACUGAUAAAAGGAAUGUCCAUUGAUCAAGCUCUUGCUCAGUUGGAAUUUAAUGAUAAAAAGGGAGCAAAGGUGAUCAAAGAGGUUCUGUUAGAAGCACAGGAAAUGGCAGUAAGAAAUCACAAUGUGGAAUUCAAAUCAAAUUUACAUAUAGCUGAGUCAAUGACGGGCAGAGGCCGCUAUGUGAAGCGGAUUCGUUACCACGGCAAAGGCAUGUUUGGCAUCAUGAAAAUCGUCAGGUGCCAUUACUUUGUGAAGUUGGUGGAAGGUCCUCCUCCUCCUCCAGAGCCACCAAGGACUGGUUUUGACCAAGCAAAAGAAUAUGUGGAGCAGCUGCGGAGUAGAACCCUUGUGAAUACACUGUGACAAACUUUUGUAACUAUAUAGAUAUUUCUUGUUUGAGAAUGUAAUUAUGUAAAAGAAUAAUUAAAAUAAUGUUUCAGUUAUA